AUGUCUGACUUCGACCACUUCGGUAGCUCCGAUGAGGAGAAUGCCGAGAUCAAGAAGCUUCAAGCUGAGGUGGACACCGAUCCCGAUAACUUCGAGCACUGGGAGAAGCUUGUACGCGCCUGCGAGGGUUUGGAGGGCGGCCUGAACCGCAACUCCAGCCCCCAGGCCCUGGGGACUCUGCGCGAUGCCUACGACCGAUUCCUUCUCAAAUUUCCCCUGCUCUUUGGCUACUGGAAGAAGUACGCCGAUCUCGAGUUCAACAUUGCAGGACCCGAGUCGGCCGAGAUGGUCUACGAGCGAGGAUGUGCUAGCAUCACCAAUUCUGUCGACUUGUGGACCGACUACUGCUCCUUCAAAAUGGAGACCACUCAUGUCCCACACCUCGUCAGAGACACGCCUCAUCGGCCGCUCAAGACCUCGAACGAGCGAUACACUGGCCAUGCCCACCGCCUCUCCAAGUAUCCGACGUUGAUUUUUCUGAUACCCCUUCCUGUAUAUCCCGCCUUCCCCAUUGCUUUGAUCACUCCCUCCCCCUCUUUUGUUGGCCGUUUACUGACCCCGUUCUUCAGGUUGUUCGAACGUGGCGCUACCUGUGUUGGCCUGGACUUCCUCGCCCACCCAUUUUGGGAUAAGUACAUUGAGUACGAAGAACGACAGGAGGCGCAGGACAAGAUCUUUGCAAUCCUUUCCCGCGUCAUCCACAUCCCGAUGCACCAGUACGCCCGGUACUUUGAGCGUUUUCGCCAGCUUUCUCACAGCCGUCCCGUUACCGAACUGGUUCCUGCCGAAACACUCGACAGGUUUAAGGCCGAGGUAGAGGCAGAGGCUGCCCAGUAUGCAGGCGUGCAGCGAACAGAACUCGAGGUGGAGCGUGACAUCCGCACCAAGAUCGACGCAAUGUACUACGAAUACUUCACCCAGACUCAGAACGAAACCAACAAGCGGUGGACGUACGAAUCCGAGGUCAAGCGCCCCUAUUUCCACGUCACGGAGCUCGAGAAUCCGCAACUCGUCAACUGGCGCAAGUACCUCGACUUUGAGGAGUCUGAGGGUGACUUCACGCGCACAGUCUUCCUCUAUGAGCGAUGCUUAGUUACCUGCGCAUUCUACGAUGAGUUCUGGUUCCGUUACGCCAGAUGGAUGUCGGCACAGGAGGACAAGGAUGAAGAAGUUAGAAUCAUCUACCAGCGCGCCGCCACUCUGUUCGUGCCCAUCAGCCGUCCAGGCAUCAGGCUUCAGUGGGCCUACUUUGAGGAAAGCUGCGGUCGUAUUGACAUUGCGAGGGACAUUCAUGCCGCGAUCCUCAUGGGCCUGCCUGACUGCAUCGAGGCCAUCACAUCGUGGGCUCAUCUCCAGCGUCGCCAGAGCGGACUGGACGCUGCCAUUGAGGUGUUCAAGGCACAAAUCGACUCUCCACAGGUUGACAUCUUCACCAAGGCUGCGCUGGUGACUGAAUGGGCGUCUUUCCUUUGGAAGGUCAAGGGUUCCACUGAAGAGGCGCGUAACGUGUUCCUGAAGAACGUGCAAUGGUAUGCCGACAGCCGCGUCUUCUGGGACAAGUGGCUGGAGUUUGAGCUCCAGCAGGCCACCAGCACCGAGGUUGAGGACCAGCAUGCCGAGCGCGUCAAGCAGAUCUUUGAUGAACUUCGGAGCAAGAGCCGCCUGUCGGCCUCAACAAAGAAGGACUUGUACCACGUCUACCUGUCCUACCUUCAACAGCGAGGCGGUAAGGAUGCCAUGAAGCAAUUCUUGGCCAUUGACCGGGAGAUCUACGGUCCUGGAUCCAUCUCUGUCCUCGCCAAGGCCAAGUCCGGCAAGGAAAACGGCGUCGGGGGAGGCGAACUGGAUGACGCGACGAGACACCGUGCGGAGGCCAGAUACCUCAAGUACUACGAACUGCCCAACGAACCAGAUGCCGAGGGCCAGGGAACGGCACCAUUCAACUAA